AGCCUUUUUGGAAUGUUUCGGACUUGACUACAUCACUGUUGGGUUCAGAGAUGGACUCAGAAGAAAGGACAACCAACAGAAGUGAACAAAAAUCAAGGAAGAUUUUAAGAAGUCUAAUAAGGAAGCAGCCUUGGGACCUUCUUUUGGUAAUUGGAACCGGAGUGAGUGCUGCUGUAGCACCAGAAAUACCAGCACUGUGCUCAUGGAGGAGCUGUAUUGAAGCUGUCAUUGAAGCAGCUGAACAGCUGGAGGUGCUUCAUCCAGGAGACGUUGCUGAAUUCCGCAAAAAAGUGAUCAAAGACAGAGACUUACUUGUAGUUGCACAUGAUCUCAUAAGAAAGAUGUCCCCACGCACAGGUGAUACCAAGCCCAACUUUUUCCAGGAUUGCUUAAUGGAGGUUUUUGAUAACUUGGAACAACACAUUCAGAAUCCUGUUGUUCUACAGUCAAUCAUCAGGCUAAUGGAGAGAGGCACUAUGGUCCUUACAACAAACUAUGACAAUUUACUUGAGAUUUUUGGUCAGCAACAGGGUAAACCCAUGGAGUCUUUAGACCUGAAAGAUAAGCAUAAGGUUCUUCAGUGGGCAAGAGGUCAUAUAAAAUAUGGAGUUCUUCAUAUUCAUGGCUUGUAUACAGAUCCCUGUGGAAUGGUGUUGGAUCCUUCAGGAUAUAAAGAUGUUACUCAAGACCCUGAAGUAAUGGAGGUUCUACAGAACUUGUAUCUGACCAAAUCCUUCUUGUUUGUGGGCUGUGGAGAGACUCUGCGUGAUCAAAUAUUCCAAGCUCUCUUUCUGUAUACUGUAAAGAAUAAAGUAGAUUUAGAACAUUAUAUGUUGGUGCUUAAAGAAAAUGAAGACCACUUUUUUAAACUCCAGGCAGAUAUGCUUCUGCAUGGAAUAAAAGUAGUAUCCUAUGGUGAUUGCUUUGAAUAUUUCCCGGAGUAUGUCCAAGAUCUAACUGCUCAAAUCUGCAAGCAGAGGAGUCCAGAUGCUGAUCGAGUGGAUAGUACAACACUGUUGGGGACUUCAUGUGUGGACUGUGCAAAGAGAAAGUUAGGAGAAAAUGACUUGGAUCUUUCUAAGAGAGUCAAACAAUCAGAUAAUGUUGAUACCUCUGCUGGUGACCUGGGCAUUGUAAAGAAGUUUGAAACCCAAGUGCAGGGCAACUGCGCAGGACCACCGGAGGGGGAAGCAGAGAACUGGGCUCUCAGUACUCCAGAGUUUCAGUGA